CAUUUGGGGUUUUAGUUUCUCAGACACACAACUUCUGUCUUCUCUAUCUCUCGCUUGACAACUAUGGCCUCCGCCGAAGCAACUCAGCAAUUUUAUUUCUGCCACCAGUGCGACCUCAACGUGGCCAUCUAUCUCAGGCCCAACACUGAUCCUCUCUGCCCCAAUUGUCGUGAUGGGUUUCUUGAGGAAAUCGAUGACCCGAUGCGGAACCCUAAUCCUGACCCGGUUGACCCGUUGGCCCAUUUUCUCUCAACUUUUCCCAUCUUUUUUGGUGAUUCUCGACACCCUUUUGGAAAUCGUGAGACCCCAUCGAAUGCUAGGAGGGUUACCGGGGUUCGUUAUGGGCCGAGGGGGCCGAGCCGGGUCAACAUGGAGGGACCCGAGUUUGACCCGUUUGCGUUUUUUCAGGACUAUGUGGGGAAUUUGAGGGCUGGUGGGGCAAACAUUCAGUUUGUGUUUGAGAAUAAUCCUUCUGGUGGUGAGGGUUUGCCUGCAAAUUUGGGCGAUUAUUUUCUGGGACAAGGGCUGGAGCAGUUAAUUCAGCAGCUGGCUGAGAAUGACCCGAAUCGAUACGGGACCCCGCCUGCUUCCAGAACUGCUGUGGAGGGGCUUCCUGAUGUUGUGGUUGAUGACAAGUUGUUGGGCUCUGAUUUGGCACAGUGUGCUGUGUGUCAAGAUGAUUUCGAGAAGGAUAUGGUUGUUAAGCAGAUGCCGUGUAAGCACGUGUAUCAUUCUGAGUGUUUGUUGCCCUGGUUGGAAUUGCAUAAUUCUUGCCCUGUUUGUAGGUAUGAGUUGCCUACUGAUGAUCCUGAUUACGAGAAUCGUGUUAGAGGUACCGCUGCUUCCGGAGGUGAGAAUGAUUCAAGCGGUAAUGUGAGGGUUGGGUCUUCCGGGUCGGGGACUGACACCGGGGAUGAUGAGGAAGGUGGAAACCUUAGGAGUUUCGUGGAGAGGACUUUCAGUAUCAUGUUCAGGCCUCGCAGUUCCAGGACUGAUAACAGUGGUGGGGAUUCAGGUUCUGGAGGUCCUCGGAACAAUGACACAAAUUAGCUUGUGCACAUCAAACCCUGGUAUUGCUUGUGAGCUGGUGGGAGACAUUUCUUUUGAAGCAAAAACCCGGGAUUUCUUCAGUAAUAGUGUAGAUGAUUAUAUGGCUAUUAUUGCACAAAAGUAGACAGUGGUAUCAAACUUAGGUUUUCUGGGAGCAAGUGACAUUGCUUACAUACAUGUCAUCUUUUAUACCUCCUUUGGUGGUCAAUUCUACCAGAGUUUUACAGUGAAAUUUUUGGGGAUUUCAAAUUUUGUCCUGUUUUGGCCAAGUUUCA